AUGUUGUCACUUUAUAUGACAUAUGGCGGGACAAAUUGGGGGACCUUAGGCGACACUGACGGUUACACUUCUUACGACUACUCGGCGUGUAUCCGAGAGUAUGGAUACAUUUCAUCGCGCCUCCGCAAAUUACGCCUUGGAAUAUUGUUUGCACGCAGCUUUUUCGACUCGUUCGCUAAAACGGAACGCGUCAAGAAUCCAAAUGUCACCGCUUCGAUCAAUAACGUAAUCAACUGUCAGAGGCGGUCAGUUGUGAAUCCGGACAAUCGAAAAAAUGGGGUGUUAUUUACAUUCAUAAGAAAUUUCAGUGAACAAAAGCAUCCGAUAUUCCAACUUUAUGUAGAAUAUCAAGAAGAUGAUGAUGGAAAAGUGAUCGACAAAGGGUGCGAGAUUUGGAUAGUGCCAGUAAACAAUGUCGGUGAAAUGGCAUUUCAAGGAGCGAUUUCAGUAGAUGGAAAUCUCGGUUAUUCCAUUAGAAAGGUUGGGCAGGCAAUUCACAUUUUGUCAUUUAAUGGCGUUGGAGGGUAUGCAAGAAUUCGAAGUGCAGAAACAACAAAGGAUCUGUACGUCUUGGCAUUGCACAAGGAAUUCCUUGGUACACUCCACGCAAUGUUUGAUGAACCUCAUUGGGCACAAUCGGACAAUCGAACUGUCUUUCUUCCUCAUUCACCAACAAUUGUCACAUGGGGAACACAAAAUGUUUACUACAACAAUCUAAACGCAACCAUAGAGACAGAACAUGGCGAUCAAGAACACGAAAUAACAAUACUAUCAUCAAAACCACCCGCCGAUCAUGUUCGCCAACAAAUUCAUCAGACUUAUCCACUUCCGUUUGUCUGCAAGAAACAGCUUACGGCGGGCGAAAAAACCUCCGAGGUACACCUCGCUCCCAAAUUGUAUAAUUGGCGUACACGCGUCACCUACUUUCCGGAAUUGAGCUGGAGACCAAUAGAAUUGAAGAAUGGUGGGGCACUCGAGAAUUAUUAUGUAUCCGGUCAUGUGCUGUACCUUGGAGAAUUUCCAUGCAAAUAUAUAGCGGAAAAUGUAUGGCUUCACGUUAACAUGAGACACCGAUGUACAAUUUUUGUCAAUGGUCAAUUUGUGGGUGGGCACACAACAUUUUCAAGACAAUUUUUCUUUCCGGGAACGAAAACUGGGCCAGAGAUAUUUACUUCGCUAGGCGCGGAAAAGUAUGAUAUCACUCGAUACUUAAAUCUACCAGGAAGCCAAGAAAAGAAUUCGAUCAUAGUUUUUGUAGACAGCUGGGGAUUAAGUAGACAAUCUGUAGUAUUUUGCGAUGCAACAAACCCCAGAGGAAUAAUUUCGGCUAGCAUCAAAGGGUUAGAGCCAGAGACACGUGUGAGAUGGAGUAUUUGCGGGGUGGAUGUACGUAAAUUGGACAUUCCUUAUACAUCCACUGGUAUACCUGAUGAAAAUAAACAAACGGAUUGGAUCGAUCACAAUUCAGGUAUAGGAUCACACGGAGUACUACCCAGCGAUG